AUGAGGUCCAGUUCUGAUGAUGGUUGCAAGCUCAGCCCAGGAGGAUGUCUCUUGGUCUGCAUCAAUCGGAAGGUUGAAUUCAAGCCAAACGGCUGCAUCGGUCAGGCUCAUCUGGCCUUUCUGCUGGCCGCGCUGGAGAUGCGCAACUCCGAGUUGCUGACCUACCGACGUGGUUUGAUCACCUCUCAACUCAUCGGCCUCAUCACCAGCAUCCUUGUCCUCUCAUUGCUCAUCCUCACGGCCGGACUGUUGAUUUGGUGCAGUCUGCACAAACAGAACAUUCGUGCUCAAGCCGAGCUGAGGCGUCGGCAAAAGUUGCUACUGGCGUCCCGGCCGGUCACUUCGGAUGCUGGGUCCCAGCCGACCAAUGGCGGCCCCGAUGGAGGCCAACACGACGGUGAUCGCUUGGACGACCGGUACGCCUGGCUUAGGCUGGACAAGACGAGAGAGUGCCAGGAAGAUGGGACUUGCGGCGAGAGAGCGAGUGAAAUGGACAGGAAUUGGUCGGAGCCAGGGAAAGCAAGCAAGAUUGUUGCAUUCAUGGAGCGUCUGUUCACGCGAGGUUGGAUAGUCCGGCUUCCAGACGAGCAGGAGCUUGAGGCCGGACAGGUGGAGCGAGAAAAAGUGGGUGAGGCGCAGGAGUGU